AUGGCAAGGCGGAGAAGAGGAGCUUCCAUAAAAUCAGCUAGGCAAAGUAGAAAAAUAAAAAAAAACGAAAAAGUCAAUGGUCUCCUUCCAUCGAAUAAAUCCAUUUUAGAUGAUUCUUCACACUUGAUUGAAUCAGAAACAGGCAACAGUUUAAAUGAUGCAUCUAUUUGUAUAAGUAGUAAUUGUUUUGAAACUUCAAGCGAUCCUGUUGUUCAUCAUAAAAAAUUUGGGAAAAUCAGAGUAUCUGGUCAAAAUGAGAAUUCCCUAGAUGUGGAGCCAUUGAUGACUGAAGCAAACAAAGAUUAUAAUCGAUUUGAUUCAAAAUCUUCAGAUGAAAAUGAGUGUGAUAAUGUGGAAAAUAACACAUUUUCAAAUGAUGUUAGUGUUUUAGAUAUUAUGAGAGGAAUUGAAAUAACAGGAGCUAAAGCUCAAAAUUCUUUUGUCGAUUUUCGAAAACAAUCUAGUGUUUAUAAAGCAGAAAAUGACAUUCCAUUAGAUGGUUCAGUUAUUAUUAAACCAGGUACCUUUAGUUCAAAUACAAUAACUAGCAGUGUGAAACCUAAUUUAUUUUUCGAUACGGCAACAACAUCUGAAAUAAAUUCAGUUAAUUUUUUAAAAGUUCUCCAAGGCAUUGAAAUGUUAGAAAGAAAUGUUUCAGGAUCUUCUGUACCUUUAGAAUUUGGUGAAUCAUUACCAAAGCAAGAAAAGGAUUUCUUAAAUACUUCUACAUCUUCUACACCUGUUUAUUUUAAUGAAGAAUCUGGUUCGAAAAUCUUAUAUGCAGAUGAUGAACUUCCUGGCAAUUGCGUAAAAUCGGAAACCGAAGAACUAAAUAACGUUAUUAUGAAUGUUGUUGAAAAUUCUAAAAUUGAAGACAGCAUAAAAAAAAAUAUUAGCUCCCCAGAAGAUACUUCUUCAGAUAUUCAAAAUGAAACAGAGGAAACUACUAGAAAAUUACAAAGCAUUGGUUUAGACGAACAGUGGGAAAGGUAUGAAAGCCCUGCGUCUAAGGCUAGCGAUGAAACUUCUGAUAAGAAAGCGCCAGCAGCGAAAAGUCGAACUGGAAGUACUGAUGUAGCAGAAACUGAUAGUAAUUCAAAUUUGGGGGGUACCAUUAGAAGAAGCAAUCGCAUCCGAUCCAUAGGUAUUAUGAAGCAAAAAGAGAGAGAGCAAGCUGCAGUUAAAUCAGAAAAUGUGCUUAAAAGUCCAAUGGCAUCUGGUUCGCCCGCAGUCACUCCACCAGUGCCCGCAUACGAUGAUAAACCAGUUAAAGUAAAAUCGAGAUGGCGACGAUCAAGCGAAUUAGAAAUGCAUUGCGGCAAAGUGGAUUCGGAGUCGGUGUCUUCUACUUGCUCAUCCCCCGUUAGUUUACCUUUUCAAAUGUCUUGCAAUGCAGAACCGUCUCCGGAAGACUUGGAAAAAUUAGAAAGAGAAAAAAAAGAAAUUGAGGAAGGUUUAAAAAGCUUUACUGUUCUUACUGAAAACGAAUAUAAAAUGGAAAGAUCUGCUUGUAAAGAAACUAAAAGAAUGAUUUGUGAUUGUGUAUUAACAAAAGAAGAAUUAAACAGAGGAGAAGUCGGUUGCGGAGAAGAUUGUUUGAACAGAAUGCUUUUUUUAGAAUGUGGGUCAAGAUGUGCCUUAGGUGAUAGAUGUACUAAUAAACGUUUUCAAAAAUUGCAAUAUGCCAAUUGUAAAAUUUUCAAAACGGAAAAAAAGGGAUUUGGUUUACGUGCAGAAGAAGAUUUGUCCGGGAACACCUUUAUUAUGGAAUACGUUGGAGAGGUGGUGAAUCAAAAAGAAUUUGGCAGGAGAGUUAAAAUGUACGCAAAAGAAAACAAUAAGCAUUUUUAUUUCAUGGCGUUGAAAGGAGAUGCAGUGAUUGAUGCUACCAACAAAGGAAAUAUUUCGAGAUUUAUUAAUCAUAGUUGCGAUCCAAAUGCUGAAACUCAAAAGUGGACUAUAAAUGGAGAAUUACGAGUGGGUUUUUUCACGAGAAGAUUUGUUGCUGCAGGAGAAGAAAUCACGUUCGAUUAUCAAUUUCAACGUUAUGGAAAACAAGCUCAAAAAUGCUAUUGUGAAGCUUCGAAUUGCCGGGGAUGGAUCGGAGAAAACCCCGAUGAAAGUUUUGAAGAUGAUGAGGAAGGAGAAGAGGAUGAUGACGAAGAUGAAGACAUUGAUGAGGAAGAGGAAGAAUAUGAAGAAGAGGGAGAAGAUAAAAAAUUAAGUCGAAAAAUGGGUAAAAUUGACGAUGAUAAGGAUAAAAAGGAAGAUUCGGGAAAAAUUGUUCCCUCCGUUCAAAAAGUCAAAAGGCAAAGAAAGCUUUCAGAACGGAAGAAAAAAGAUAGGAAAACUACAACCAUUGUGGAUGAUAUGGGAUUGGAUGAAGAAAUACAAAAAUUAUUUCAAACGGGCCUUAAAAAUAGGGCUCAUACAUUAACAUUAAGUAGGCUAAUGGUUCGGGCCGAAGACUGGUCAACCAGAGGAAAGUUAUUGAAAUUGAUAAGAGAAGGAGAAACUCCUUGCAGAAGAUUAUUUUUAGACUAUCACGGUUUAAGACUCAUUUGCAGUUGGAUGUUGAGCAGAGAAUUAGAAGAAAGUAACGACAAAAAUGAUAGAAGACUUGAGAUUCUAAAAACUCUUUCAAAGCUUCCUAUACCCAACAAAAAUAUGUUAAUAGAUAGUAAGGUACUAACUGUAGUUGAACAAUGGGCCAAAAGCGGAUUUUUAACGAGAAAACUCUCAGUCGACGAUGAAACCGUAAAUGACGAAAGAAAAUUAAAACCUGAACCUGAAAGUAUUCCCGGUUUGGGUGGAGAAAUUGUAGAUAAAACCACCCAAAAUGUGUUAAAUGGAGAAAAUUUCGAUAAACCUGAUGGAUCCGAAGAAGUGAAUGAAUCGGCUGAAAAAGUGAAACGAAUGGCUGACAUUGUGCUUGAAUCGUGGUCUUCUCUUAAAGAAGUAUUUAAAAUCCCUAAAAAAGAAAGGAUAGAACAAAUGAAGGAACACGAAAGACAAGCAGACAGAGGUUAUUGCGAGUAUUUAGGAAAGGAAAACGUGAGGGAUAAAUAUGAUAGGCAUGAUAGGUAUGGACGAUACCGAGAUAGGGAAAGAGAAAGAAUGCGGGAUCGUAAAAGAACUCGAGAAUCUCCUCCAGAUCCAGAAUGGUUUAGAAAUCAUGAAAGGAAAAUGAAAAUGACUAAACAUGAACGUCGUCAACUAUUUGCGUUAAAAGUAUUACAGGAAGACGAAGAAGCCAAAAAACGGAAUGAGCAUUUAGAAAUGUGGAAGCAGCACGAGUCUCGAUGUCUCGCACUAGGGCUCGAUCCAAACCUAAAUGCUGCUUGUGAUCCUCAAACAGGUUUUCCCAUAUUCUUCGAUCACAAUUCCGGAACGUGGCAAAACUGUCCUUCAUCCUCUGGUCCAUCUCCUUCCGUGCCUCAUUCUGUCACUCCUACAAUAUGUCCAUCUCCUAUGUAUUCCGUAAAUUCUGCUCUCAUCCAAAAUUGUCCCAUGUGCACAAAUAUACCCGUUUGUUCAAAUGUAAAUAAUCCAAUAUGUCACAAUGGAAUGGUGCAUACAAAUAUGCCUUUAACAAACGGUCCUGUGUGUUCAAAUAUUACCGUGUCGCCGUGCCAGCGACAAAAUUAUUCAAAUAUGACAACUCAAUAUCAAGGGCAGUUGCCGCAAUCAAAUUUAGAAGUAUUAGAUGCCACUUAUCACGAAUCAGUUUCUUCUUUAAACGCGCAACAAUCUUUUGAUGAAAGUUCUUCGAACGAGUUGAAUCGACCUCUAAUUACGGAAACUCCAUUGAAUUUUCCCAUAAAGCUUCCUCCGAAAUGGAAAGCAGCCAAAGAUCCCAAGGGUCGCGUUUACUACUAUCACAUAAAAGAAAGAGUGUCUCAGUGGGAGCCUCCCCAAUGGAGUGAAGAAGAGGCGAAAAUCGAGGCCGCCAAAACCGUCGAUUUAGAAAUGGGAGAAGAGUCGAGUAGUAGUACGGAAUCAAGUACGGAUAGAGAAAAAGUGACGGCGAGUUCCGAUACGGCCACGGAUAAGAAAAUAAAAGAAAAUUUUAAAAACAAUAUGGCGGGAGCAAUAGUUUCGCAUUUAAAUCCGUACAGAAAACAAGACUGUAAAAUAGGAAGGAUAACUUGUAACGAAGAUUUUAAACAUUUGGCAAGAAAGCUGACGCAUUUUGUUAUGUUAAAAGAACUUAAACAUUGUAAAGGAGUCGAUGAUUUGGAAUGUAACGACAGCGUUAAAGCCAAAGCAAAAGACUUUAUAAAAAAAUACAUGGCUAAAUUUGGAGCUGUUUACCAAAGACCUAAACACGAAGUUUGGAAAACGUGA